GUCACGGGGCGGGCGGCGUCAUGGGCUGCGCCAAAAGCUCGCUCAGGCAGCGCUCGUACACGCUGGCGGACGAGCUGAAGGCGCACAACGCCACUGUGCGGCGCGCCGAGAGGGAGCACGAGUCUCAGGCCGGCUUUGUGAACUGCGGGACGUUCCACAAAACCAGCCGGCUUCGCUAACAGUGUGCAGUGUCGGCGUCAUUGUCGUCUAAUGUCGAAUAUGUCCAAGGGCGUACCCUCGAAAACUGGAGCGAUGCGGAAAAAAGAAGCCGUAGAGAGGAGCAAGUCGGUUGAAGAUGUGAUAUCGUUUCUCAAGAAGGGCACCCUUCUAUGGAAGGUGAAAUCCCUGAGCAAGUGGUACCGAAGGAAAUACACCCUGGAUUUUGAGCAUCUCAAGAUCAACUAUGAGCCGUCUCAUAAGCCCGUCUGUGUGGAAAAAAGCACCACGCUGGACAUCAGUGACAUCCACGACGUUCGGAAAGGAUGGAAAACGGACAUCUUCAAUCGCAUCGCGUCAAAAGUGGAGAAGCGCAUCGUUAAGAUGCCGAACUCGCCUCCGCUGGUCGACGAGAGGAACUGCUUCUCCAUCAUUAUUGGUCGGAGGGCGCGGUCGGGAAUUGGAGGCACCAACAAGAGCUCGGUGGACCUGGUGGCGCCGGACGAGCACGUGUGCGACAUGUGGGUGCGGGGCCUGCAGCACCUGGUGGCCGUCGUGCGCAGCCUCGAGCAGGAGAAGAACUACGACAGGUGGCUGAAGCGCCAGUUCCAGUCGGCUGACCGUGACCACAACGGCGUGCUGACGUUCGACGAGUGCCUGGACCUGCUGAAGCAGCUCAACAUCCAGCUGGACAAGGACUCGGCUCGCCAGCUGUUUGACGCGGCCGACACCGACAAGCGGACCAAGGGCGACGAGGCGGCGCUGGACGACCAGGAGUUCGUCGCCUUCUACCACAGCCUGCUGCAGCGGCCGGAGCUGGAGGUGAUCUUCAACAGGUACACCAACAACGAGAAGCUGAUGACGACUGAGGAGCUGGCCGACUUCCUGCGCGGCGAGCAGAAGAUGAAGGACGUUUCGAGCGAUUUCUGCCGGGAGGUGAUCGAGACGUACGAGCCGUCCGAGUCCAAGUACCAGGGCCUGCUCUCGCUCGACGGCUUCCACAUGCUCAUGAGCUCGAAGCAAGUGCACAUCUUCAACCCGGAGCACAGCCUGGUGUACCAGGACAUGAAGCAGCCGCUGGCGCACUACUUCAUCGCCUCCUCUCACAACACGUACCUGCUGGGUAACCAGCUGACGGGGAUGUCCAGCGUCGAGGCGUACAUCAUCGCACUUCAGAAGGGCUGCCGCUGUGUGGAGCUCGACUGCUGGGACGGCGACGACGGCGAGCCCAUCAUCUACCACGGCUACACGCUCACCUCCAAGAUCCGCUUCUGUGACGUCAUCAGCGACGCCAUCAAGCCGUACGCGUUCCAGUACUCGGAGUACCCGCUGAUCCUGAGCAUGGAGAACCACUGCUCCGUGCGGCAGCAGGAGAAGAUGGCCCAUCACCUGAAGACCAUCCUAGGCGACAUGCUGUACGUCCUGCCGGUCGACGAGUCCUUGGGAGCGCUGCCUUCGCCCGAGGACUUCCGCAAGAAGAUCUUGCUCAAGGCGAAGAAGCUGCCGGCGGACAAGGAGAAGACGGGCCUGGGGGCCUUCCAGCAGAAGGUGGGCGAGCUGAUCGACGGCAAACCGCCGCCGCCGGCGCAGGAGCAGGACGAGGCCUGCACCGUGGACGACUCCGAGUCGGACUGCAGCGCGCCCGAGGACGAGGCGGUCGGGAAAGAGCAGCAGCAGCGUCACCACCACGUCAAGGGCAAGAAGAAGAAGAUGAUAGCGCCGGUGCUCUCCUCGCUCGUGAACUACAUCAAGGCGGUGCACUUCCACUCGUUCGACGCCUCGCUGGCGGCCGACCUGUGGUGGACGAUGAGCUCUUUCGGCGAGAGCAAGGCCCUUGGGUUCGUGGAUCAGCAGGCGGCGGCGCUGGUCGAGUACAACAAACGUCAGCUGAGCCGUAUCUACCCGAGCGGCAAGCGGCAGAACUCCAGCAACCUGAACCCGGUGCCCUUCUGGAACACCGGCUGUCAGAUCGUGGCUCUCAACUACCAGUCGCCGGGCAAGUCGACCAGCUACAACCAGGGCAUGUUCCGACGCAACGGCGGCUGCGGGUUCGUGCUGAAGCCGGCCGUGCUGCGCUCCCCUGACUGGUUCGACCCGACCGCCAGCCCCGGCGACAUGUUCCGCCGGACCCUGCAGCUGCGCAUCAUCAGCGGCUCCUGCAUCCCCAAGCCGCCCGGCUCCAGCCUGUACGACAUCAUCGACCCCUACGUCUGCGUCUACGUCACCGGCCACCCGGCCGACGAGGGCAAGUUCAAGACGGACGUCGUCAAGAACAACGGCUUUAACCCGGUGUGGGAGGAGCAGCUGACGAUCCCGGUGCACAUGCCGGACUUCUGCCUGCUGGAGCUGGUGGUGCGUGACCACAGCACCACCGGCUCCAACUACGUGCUCGGUCACUACUGCAUGCACUUCGACGAUCUGAUGCCCGGGUACCGUUACGUCCCUCUGGAGGACGUGGAGGGUAACUCGCUGAGCCCGGCCUCGCUCUUCGUGCACGUCAGCGUGCAGUGAGAGCCGGGCUGCCGUCCAGCCGGGCCGAGCCGUGCUGCCGUCCAGCCGGGCUAAAACCGCGCUGCCGUCCAGCCAGGCCGGGCCGCCGGUCGCCCUCCGAGCGGACGCCGCCUGCCGCCGCUCGGGCAGCUCUGGGGACGGGCCGCACCGUGCGAGCCGCGCUGGUGCGCCGCCGGCUCCAGGAGACGGUCAGCUGGUUUGCCGGCCCGUGCUCAGGCGCUUAAUGCUGGCGGCCCGCGCGCAGGCCGAGACACGGGGUUCUAUGACGCUCAUGUGUGUAUGUCUGUGUGUGGGGGGGGGGGAUCAGGGCUCCACGCGGGUGCUGGCUGCGGGACUAGUGAGGCUAGGCGACCUGCCAGGUCACGAGGCCUGCUAGGUGGAUCUUGCACAGCGCGAGGUGCUGCCGCCAUCUGUGUUUCGCCGGCGACUCUUGUGGUGGGAUGUGCGCACAUGGGCCCGUUGCAGUUUUUAUGUGACGGAGAACCGGGCCAUUUUAUACUUUGUUACAACCUGCGCGUCGGAAGCCAAUCAAAAGGAAAGGCAACUGCUGUUUGUAGUGCGAAAUGAGAUUUUCGCCAGGAUGUUCGCGUUUUGAACGCCGGCAUGUGUUAUUACGGCUUCGCGCGAGCCGCUCCCGCCUCUCCGCUGCCGUGCGAACUCAUGUAUGCAUGGCUGCGGUGGCCGCUAUCCGUAGUUAGUUUUACCUGCCUGAGUCCUUCGGGGUUGCCGCGGAAUGACUGCUUCUCGACGCCAGCGCUGCGGUACUGCUGGAGCCGGCGCCCGUUUCACUGUGUGACGUUGGUGGGUUACGCUGGCGCAUGGCCAUUGUCAACUGACGGCAAUACAUUCCUGCAAUGCUG